AUGCGAGGGACAAAUUACAUAAGUGGUUGGCAGCCUCGCUGGUUUGUACUGGAAGGAGGGACUUUGUCCUACUAUGACUCGCAAGAGGAUUCCUGGAAAGGAUGCAAGGGAAGCAUCAAGAUCUCAGUGUGUGAAAUACAAGUCCACUCCUCUGACUUCACACGGGUUGACCUGACCAUCCCUGGAGAACAGUACUUCUACCUCAGAGCCAUCAACGCAGCGGAGAGGCAGAAAUGGCUGGUCGCGUUGGGAUCUGCAAAGGCCUGCCUGACAGACAACCGAACCAAGAGAGAGAAAGAGCACCAGGAGAACACAGAGGCUCUUAAGACCAAGAUGUCAGAGUUGAGGCUGUACUGUGACCUUUCCUCCAGCAAGUUAACCAGAUCAAGGACAGUGAGGGAAUGAGGAGGUAAGACAGAGGGCGGGGUGAGACCUGGCACCAUGGUGAAGUCUACAUGCACCACCUUCAUCAAGAUCAAUUGGACGUUGGAGGAGUGCAUGCUGAUCGCCAACCGCACCUUCAUAGACCAGGCCACAAAGACUCCACCCGGGUCACCUCCCGUGGCAACCAUAACCCAACCAGAAGGUACCAGCAGAACACCACCGACCAACCAGCACAGCAGGAAGAGGAGGAGGAAUUCAAAGAGGUGGAGCAGGAAAAUGAGCAACACCCAAGGAAGAAGAGAACAGGAAGUGACCCAGAACCACAGGAAGUUGUCACUGACCAAGAGGAAGCCAAGCUGGAAGAGGAGCAGCCUUCCCAGCCUGCCCAGCCACAGGAAGAAAGAGAGGGAGGAGGAGACAGAGCAGGUGGACACAUUCUUCAGUACGAUGAGUCACAGAUUUAGUGAUAUAAGACUGGACGGUGACAGUGGUAUUCCUACACAAGCCUUUUUGGACUCAUGCUAUGCGAUAGUGCCUGUAUUAGACAAACUAGGAUCCACAGUAUUUGGUCCAGUAAAAAUGGAUUUUACGGGCAAUCUGUAGAAGAUCCACCAGAAGCUGUCGUCGGACCCGGGCAGCUUCCCCACACUYCAGACCAUAGUGGUCCACGAGGUGCAGACCGGUGUGGCCCGCGUCCGCAACUCAGCCACCGAGGCCCUGCUGUGGCUCAAACGAGGACUCAAGUUCCUCAAGGAGUUCCUGUCCCUGGUCAACUCUGGGGAAAGGGAUAUCCCCGGAGCGCUGGGUAAUGCUUAUGGACGGAGUCUGCGGCAGUAUCAUGGAUGGGUUGUACYAGGUGUAUUUGCUCUGGCCCUCCGAGCAGCGCCAUCAUACAGCAGCUUUGCGGCGGCUCUGGUGUCCAGAGAGGGGGAUGAACUGAAAGAAGGAUUCAACACAGGCAUGCACCGGGACCUGGGGGUCUACCUGCCUGCCAUGGAGAACCAACUGGCCAUCCUGGAUGCCCUGUAUGAAGAAUACAACCUGGAGUCAGAUGAGGUGGUCUGAGAGGAGGAGACGAGACCCCAGCUGGUGGCCUGAGAGGAGGAGACGAGACCCCAGCUGGUGGUCUGAGAGGAGGA